AUGUCGGGAGAAAAGCGACCUGCGCAAGAAGCCUUUGGCUCAUUCAGUCAGGUUGUCGUGAAGCGGAAGAAGUCCGACGCCGGUCUCAAUGAAAGCACAGCUAUCGUCAAAGGCUCUUCGCAGAAUGGGGCUCUAGUACAGGCCUCACAGGUUCCCCGCACCAGCGGGCUACAAGCCCCGAUCAUGGAAUUGACAGGCCAUUCGGGCGAGGUUUUCCCUGUGCGGUUCGACCCGACGGCGCAGCACAUUGCCUCGGGCUCUAUGGAUAGAUCGAUCCUGCUCUGGAACACUUACGGACAAUGCGAGAAUUACGGUGCUCUUUCGGGCCACCGAGGAGCGGUUCUUGACCUACAAUGGUCGCGUGACUCCAGAGCGUUAUUUUCUGCAUCCGCCGAUAUGACGCUCGCGAGCUGGGACUUGGAAACGGGACAAAGAAUCCGUCGACAUGUCGGACAUGAGGAGGUCAUCAACUGCCUCGAUAUCAGCAAGAGAGGCCAGGAAUUGUUGAUCAGCGCGAGUGACGACGGCUGCAUAGGGAUCUGGGAUCCGCGGCAAAAGGAGGCUAUCGAAUAUCUCGAAACUGAGUUACCAAUCACGGCAGUUGCUCUUUCAGAGGCUGGAAAUGAAAUCUAUAGUGGUGGCAUCGAUAACACCAUUCACACUUGGGAUCUUCGAAAGAAAGGGAUCGUCUACUCUAUGGCGGGACAUGUGGACACCAUCACCUCUCUCGAGAUAUCGCCGGACUCGCAAACCCUUCUUUCCAACUCGCAUGACUCAACCGUACGCACAUGGGACAUCCGACCUUUCGCGCCGACAAAUCGGCACAUCGCAACGUUUGACGGCGCUCCGGUUGGCUUGGAGAAGAACCUUAUCCGGGCGAGUUGGGACCCAAGCGGUGAGAAGAUCGCGGCGGGCAGUGGUGAUAGGAGUGUUGUUGUCUGGAAUGCAAAAUCCGGCAAACUCCUAUACAAACUGCCGGGACAUAAGGGGACCGUCAAUGAUGUCCGAUUCUCGCCAAACGCUGAACCGAUCAUUGUAUCCGGGUCUUCGGACCGAACCCUCAUGCUUGGGGAACUUGGCAAGUGA